AUGCGUGUCUUCCGCUGGACAAGAGAUUUCCACGUUCACAAGGAAUCCUCUCUAGCUCCGGUCUGGUUUUCGUUGCCGGCGCUGCCGAUACAUUACUUUGACAACCACUCGUUGUUUUCCAUUGUUUCACCGGUGGGAAAUCCGUUGUUCCUGGAUUCGGCAAUGGCGGCAGUUUCGCGCCCGAGUGUAGCACGCGUUUGUGUGGAGGUGGACUUGCUGAAGCCCCUCUGCACCAGGGUGUGGGUAGCUGUGGAGGGUGAGGCGGGGUUCUGGCAGCAAUUCGUGCCUGAGGGGCUGUCUUCAUAUUGUUCUACCUGCAGGAGAAUGGGUCACUCGGUGGAGGAAUGCAGGAGAAAUGCAGUGGAGCAGCCUGGACCUCAGUUUCAGCGACGGGAUGGGAGGGUGUGGGGUUCGUUGAAACUUGGCACAAAGGUUGAAGGCCUGCCUGUUACCGAGACGCGUGCUAUUGGGGAGGUUCCAGGAUCAAGCGCUGGGGCUAGGACGGCUUGCAUGGAGUCGCUGAUUGGUUUGGCAGCGGAGGAGACGAGUGGGGGCGAGGACAAGAGUACGGAGGUGGGGGAAUAG